GUGAAACAAGAUUAAUUCUGGAAUGCUCAUCGACCGUUCGGCACAGUACGCAAGAAUGAUUCAGAACCAUUUACAUGUACACAUCACUUGUUUUUCCUUACUCUGUGAUGAUGCGAAGAGUCCGCACGACGAAAUAUAACAGAUAUCAGAAAAAAUGCAAGGUUCGAUAGUUAUUUUUUAAGAGCGAUACAGUAGGAAUACAAGUUAAGGAGACCCGAAUAACGACAUGAAAAGUCCAAAAUACAAUCCGACUUACGGUACAGACAAUGAUGGACCAUCGCCGAAGUUUUUGGAACGGGGUGGUCGUAGCAGCAGCGUAAAAGUCGAAGAAUCCAAGGAAGAUGGCAGAGACACGAUGCUUGAUUCUGUUGCCACGAGAAACAAUCAAAUCGAUUCAGCAAGUACCUCGACCAAAGCAAACAACGAUUCGAGCAACAGACAACAAAAGCCAUUCUAUGGCGAUUUGGUACGCGCCGUAGCAUUCACAGCAAUUGUACCAGUGUCUGCCUACGACGUAGAAAAAACGAUGGCAUGUCAGGACAAUGAGAGCGAUCCAGGGCACUGUGGUAGGGCGUUGUUCACUGUGUUUCUGUGCCUCAUGGUAUGCAUCUUGAAUUGGAUGUCCUACACUAAACAUUCGAACAAAAUAAGUUUCUUGGCUUAUUUGUUUGCGCUAUGGGUUUGCGCUUAUCUCAACCUAAAUCAAUGGCCGUAUGCUGGGGAGUGUAUCAUUACAAACAUGUAUCAGGGAACCCUAUUUGGAAAUCUAUGUAACGGUUCUUUGACCUUUCGAAACCACAUCGUUAGGAUGGUUAUCAUGUUCGCUGUUGGAACAUACGUUUCCAUCAUGAGUCCAUUUUCGACCUUCAAGGAAGACAUCAUUUUAGGAUUGGGUGGACCAAUGGUUUUGGCGAUUGUCUUUCUUUCGGCCACGAAACUUGAUCGGACUGCUCUUUUCGAACACGUCAAUUGGAAUGCAUUGUCGGUACUGGGAGCCCGCUGGGUGUUGGCUGCCAUCUACAUGUACCACGUUACCUGUGAAAUGCUAUCGAUGACUUUUGAUGGCGUGGGCGCCCAAGACAUGUUUCGCACCUUGGUCAAGGCCAGUUUCGUGGCCUGUGUAGGCGUGGCUUCAACAGGAGCCUUCCAGAACGAAAUCGAUCUAAACGAGGAACUGGAAGUCAAAGUGAAAAACCGUACCAGAAUCAUUCAGGAGAAAAGUGACAAGUUGCACAUGGUCGAAUUGGCGCUGCGAGCGAGCGAGACUGCCAUUGCAAUCACAGAUUCAGAUCUUCGUAUCAUAUGGCUCAACGCAGCAUGUGAAGAAAUCACUUCGCCGGUCGUAGGUAGAAUAGCAAAGAACCAGGAAGAUAAGAUGGAACGCCCCUCGGCAUCUCUACAAGAUAGAACAUCCUUGUUGGGCAAACCGAUCAUCGAAGUUUUAGCUCUCGACACAAUUAUGGACGAGAAGAAACUAGCCAACGCAUUUUCCAAAAACCGACGAGAAGAUGAAAUAUGUAUGAACGGUAUGAUAUAUGGUCUCGAAGUGUCUCCGUAUAAUUACUAUUUGUCUCCAACCAUGGAAAGCAGUAGUAAUAAUCAUACGAACGAUAGUAGCCGAUUUUUGGUCGUUCUGAAAAACAUUACGGCAGAGAGAGCGCGAGAAAUUGCAGAGAAGACCGCUCAGGAAGAAGCAAUGUUGGCAAAGGCUAUGGCUGAUUCGAUGGUAACACUGACGGUAAGUCAUAAAUACUGAAAUGUAACCGAUCUCAGUUGAUUUUUUUGUUUUGUUAUUCGUCGCAUGAUCUUCAAUUUUUUUCUCCAAGACCUUAAUAUCAUUGUACUUUACACGUUAUUCAUCUCAUUCUUCUUUUUGCUUUUCCUCGAUACAUUCGUUUCGUCAGCAUGAGCUAAGAACUCCCAUGCAGGGAAUUAUGGGGGUCACGGGUAUGCUUCUCCAUCAGAAACAAAAUGCCGAUGCAGUCACGGUGGAGUCAUUGAAACUCAUUAUGGCAUCGUCGGGACUGCUGCUCAAUCUAAUCAAUAACCUCCUGGAUGUGAAAAAGGUGAAUUCUGAUAGUAAGUUUACUCUUAGGUGUCCUGCUUCUUUGGUUUUAUAGUUUGCACGCUGCAAACAUCGUUUGCAAAAAACAAGCAAAAUCUCUAAAACAUACUUUGUAUUCACGAAUCAAACGUGUUACUGUUUUUCUUCGUUGAACAGUGAUGGAUGAAUUUCCUUUGUCUUCAGUCGUCGCCGCAUCCGCCAUCCAGGACACGAUUGACUUUUGCCAACCACUUGCUUCGAUAUCCGGAGUGGCUGUAGUGACUGACUACGGAGAGACCAAAAGUCAAGGUUAUCACGUCGUGUCAAAUCCCCUGCGACUGCAGCAGGUCCUGAUAAACCUAGUUUCCAACGCGAUCAAGUAUACAUCGGAAGAAAGCGAGAUUCUCAUCAGCAUCCAGCCAACUGUCAUGUCAGAUGUGGAAUUGAAGAUGGAAAAUGCCCUCGCAUGCUCACGAGAAAAUUUAAACAAUAAGAUCGAUAUCAAAGAGCCACUCGCUUCGAACACCCCGGUCCUUUGCUUCUCCAUAUCUGAUUCUGGACCUGGGAUUGCUCCGCAUCAAGCUGAUAGACUUUUUAGGCGAUUUGCACGUCUCGAUAGUAAACCGACCCGGGUUCUUGGUGGCAGCAACAAGGUUGGUCAGCCAUCCGGAACAGGAUUGGGUUUGAACCUAUGUCAGCUGUUCGUGCAGCGAAUGGAUGGUGAAAUUUGGGCCACAAACAAUAGCACGGGAAACGGCGCAACAUUUUCCUUUUUCUUACCACUUGCUGCUAGUAGUAGUAUCGAAACAAAAGUUAUGGCGCCCAUAUCCGUAACAAAACAAUUUCAUCAAUUUGAACGAACAUCCAUUAGAACGACCCAGUUGAGGGUUCUGAUGGUCGAUGACGUGCUUAUCAAUCGCAAGGUGAUCGGUCGAAUGGUGAACCAGGUUGGAGUUGCGGACAUCGUCUCUGUCGACUCUGGUGAAAACGCGUUACGCGAAAUCUCCGAGAAUGGACCCUUUGACCUAGUCAUAACUGACCUUCAAAUGCCCGGAAUAUCCGGAACAGAAUUGUGCGAAACUAUCAUGUUGGGUAAAACCUGUCCUACUGGUAGAGUUCCUGUCGUGGUUGGUCUCACAGCCGAUACGAGCGUACGAGUAGCAACAGACUGCAAGGCUAGUGGCAUGUCAACAGUCCUUUACAAACCUAUUUCGGUGAUAGAAGUGGAAGAAUUCUUCGAAACGACCAUCAUACAGCUAAGGCCUGGAGUUUGGUAUGGAGGUCAAGGGAAUUCUACAAUCUUGUCUCCUCAGUAAGGAACGAGAGAGGAUACCAAAUUGAUUUUCGUACACUCCAACAGCAAAGGACCGUUGAGAAACGGGAAAAAAAUAGAAUGUCACUUUAGUUGCCAGUAUUAUGGCUUCACAAUGUUUUUGAGUAUGCGAUGCAUCAUACUUCUUCGUUUUGUGAAAAAUGGCGUAUUGGCUUGCCCGAUGGGAGAUUGCAUAUGAAACCCCGGAUUUUCUAGAGAUGAGGAAGUGUAUAAAUUCCAGGUAUACAGUAUGGCCCGCUUUUUACCACGGAGAGAUUGAGGCAAUGAAGCAGACAAUAAUUGUCAAUUUUGCCGUUGCAACGACAUUGGCGGUCCACGCUAAAGAGUAUCCUUCAAGAAACUCAAAAUGGUUAACGUGGAUGAUUGGGAAUCAAAAUUUCAGCAACUCCGAUGAAAGCUUUAAUACCCAAAACAACGCCUCCUGCACGCAAGGUUGGUGAAACCAUAACGUGACGAAUACUGCCACAGUGGAAUAUGAAAAACAACAACAUAGCGGCUUGGAUCAAGAUGUGAACGAAACAGCUGUUUGCUUGUGCUGAUUUGAAAAGUAUGUUUUCGACCUUGUGAGUGCAAUCAUC